UUAACAUGUUUAUAUUUUUAUAUUGUUAUAGCAUGGACAAACAGCUUUACAUUAUGCUGCUGAGUAUGGACGGAUUGAUACAACAAAAUGGUUAAUAGACCAAGGAUGCAGUCCUUGGGUGAAAACAAAAAAGGGUGAGACUCCUUAUGAUCUGGUAACAAUGAAAAGGAAUGAUUCUGAAGAGGAAAAAAGGGAGAAGAAAAAAGUGAUGGACCUCCUAAAGACUGUCAUGUCAAAGACAUCCCCAGAAGUAACUCCUGACACCCAGUUACAGGAACCUGCAGCACCAGUAGUUGAAGAUGCCAUCGGAAAAGGGCAACAGUCUGCUAUGUUAAAUCGUAUAUUAGGGAUGGGCAGCUAUGAAUCAUUUGAUAUGAGAUGCAUGGUGACCGGCCAAUUUUCAGUAGGGAAAUCGACUCUUGUGACGCUGUUAGCUGGGGAUGUCAUACCAGAUGGGCGACAUCCGACUGAUGGAAUUUCUUUGGUUGAAGGUCAAUGUGGCCUUGAUAUUGAGACAAAAAGUUGGAUUCUUAUUGAUCCAGAAGCUUAUAAUGCCCUGGAUGUUGUGUACAAUAAGGUGUUAAUGACCUCUCUGGAAGAGGAGGAAAGUGAACUAACCAAAACGUUCGACCAGGCUUCAGAAACAAGCCCAACUGGUUAUGCCAAAGCCACACUUUCCUCUUUUCCCUCAGAACAGUCGGCAGCAGCACAAUCUCUACCACCUCAGAAAUCUUCCAAUGUGCCUCUCAUGGUAAAACAUAUGAAAGAGAAAAUGAAAACCAGAAUGACCAAAGAAGAAAUAAGAAGGAAAAUGGAAAAAGUCCUCAAAAGUGGGAAGUAUAAGAUGAAAGUUGGACGUCUUACCUUCUGGGAUUUUGGUGGACAAUAUGUUUAUUUAACAGCACACCAGACCUUCAUGACGUUCCGAGCGUUAUUUCUUGUUGUCUUUGAUGGGAGCAAAGAUUUGCAUGAACAGGUCCCUGAUGUGUUGUGUUUUCCAGGGCAGCACAUGACACCAACUCCAGCAGUAUUCUUGCAAUAUUGGGUCAAUUCCAUCCUGACCUAUUGCACGGUUGUAUAUGCAGGCAUUCCUAAGAUCUUGUUUGUUGCCACUCACAAGGACAAAGUACCAAGGGAGAAUGUUGAGACACGACGUGAAGAGCUUUACAGUGGAAUUGAGAAGUUGUUUAAAGACCAUGAGGGACAACAUCAUCUGGUCUUUAGGCCUCUAAUAUUUGUCAAUGCAAAAGAUCAAGCGGACCCAGAAAUAGAUGUUCUGAAGAAAACAAUUACAGAACUUACAUUCAACCAUCCAUGUUGGGGUGAAAGAAUGCCCAAUGCUUGUGUUCCACUAGAGCUUGAGAUCGCUGAAUUGGUGGCAGAAGGAAAACAAAUUCUGUCAUUGGCUGAAGUUAAAGAAUUAAAUGCCAUCAGCGAGGUGUCUGUCCUGUUUCCUGAGCAGCUGACUGAUUUUCUGAAUUAUCAACAUUCUCUUGGGAAGAUUGUCUAUUUUGACACCCCGCAGCUGAGAGAUAACGUUAUCAUAAGUCCCCUUCUUAUGGUGGAAGUUAUGAGAUCUUUCAUUACAGAUGUUGAAUUCUGGCCAAAAGAAAAUGAAACAAGGAAAACCUUCAAAAAGAUGUCUAAAAAUGGAAUGAUACGAAGAGAAGACCUCUACCAGAUUUGGGAGCAAAGAGAAUUCCGUCAGAUUUUACCAUUUAAAGAGUACAUAUUUGAUAUGCUGAUACACCUAGAUAUUGUAUCUGAACAGCGUAGAUAUGAUACAAAAGCAGGAAGUCGGCUACCAGUAGAAAACUUCUUUGUACCAAGUAUGCUUACACAAAGAAAUGAUACAGAUUUCUUGUUACAAGAAUGUACACCAGAGAGGACUAUUAGUUUGGCUUUUGUUUUUAGAGGAACCAUCGUACCUCCAGCUUUAUCUAAUCGUCUCAUAUGUGCAUGUCUCAGUAUGUGGACAUUAAAGCAAUACCGUGGAAGGAAACUUAUGUUUUCUGGGUUUGUUGGGUUAUCAGUUGAUAACGAUCAUGAUAUUGUUGUCUGUGUAGAAGGAAACAAGAUCUUAUUGCUCCUGGUCCACAAGCGCUCUAAGGGGCUGAUAGUACCUGAAAUAGCCACUAGUGUCAGAGAAUGUUUGCAUUUAACAUUGGAGAGGAUUUUAGAAUUUUAUCAGUCCACUGUCCACGAAAAAGUCAGCAGUCAACUACCAUUUCACACUGAGUAUUCCUGUUCCAGAUUUACCUGUUACAUUACAGAAAAAAGGAUAGCUUUGAAAACUGAUGAGUGUGUUUGUAACCAUGGUGACAACAUGACAUUCCACUGGAUAAUUUGGAACAAGAAAAAGAAGAAAAAAGAAUGUGAAGUAGACUGUAAAGGUUUGCAAGAAGGUGCCUUGAAUCAGAUGCCGAGUGAUAUUGAACUUCAGCGAAUUUCAUCACGAUGUGAUGAAACUACAAUUCGAGAGUUAGCCAUACAUCUUGGUAUGUCUUUCCAAGAAUGGGAAGAACUCAGAUAUAAUUAUGAUCGGAUUGAGAUUGUGAAAUAUAGAAUACUGGUCAACUGGAGAGAAAAAUUUUUAGGAAAAUUCAGCAACAUAGCAAACGCUUUAACAGAUAUGGAUUUUACUACCCAUAUAUUGUGUCAGGCAAAAAGAAACAGAAAAGGACACUCUGAUAUAAGUGAAGAAUACAUGGAUUUGAUUCCAACAGAUGAAAUACUAGAUAAACUGGCACAAGUAAUAGGUGUUUUAUCCUUCCAACUGGGUACAGAAUUAGGAUUACCCAAUUCAUCAUUGGAUAAUAUACAGUACAACAAUGGACGGGAUUUAGUGGCACAAUGUAAAGAUAUAUUAUUUCAAUGGAGAGAAGAUAAGCGAGUCAGACCAAGCAUAGGUGUUCUGGUCCAAGCUCUUGUAAAUGUUGGAAGAGGUGCUAAAUGUUUGGAAAGAAUCAUUAAAAAUGUUGGGGUAAAAAAAGCCAUGACGGAAUCAGAAUUAUUGUUGUUUAGACUCAAAAGGAUGGAACCCAAUGAUUUCAAGAUAUUUAUAGAUCAUGGGGAGUAUGAAUCCUACGAAAAUCGUGUUUACUUGGCAGGUGCCUGCAAAGUUGGCAAGUCUUGUUUGGCUAGCAUUUUGAUUGGUGAAAAGAUUUCUAAGGAAUGGAACUCUACUAACGGGCUAACGAUCUACUUUGGAAGAAAUGGUAUUCAUCUCGAAGACAAGAAAAUGGUCACACUUGGGAAAUCUGAUACAAGUAUUAUGAAGAAGUUGUUAUUGGGAAACCCAAAUAUUGCUUUGAAAAAAAAGCGAAAUGUUGAGAAACCGAGAAAUGUCAAUGAAGGGGCAACAGACCAUAAAGAUUCAGCUUUGAAAUUAUCUGAAUUGAAUACUGUGGACAAGGAACUCAAAUAUUCAGACCAGAAGCAAGAGAACGAAAAUCCUCGCAAAACAAAGGAUGAAAACCCCAAUGUUCCUUCAUUGACUGAAAAUGUCAAAACUAAUUUGCCAUCUUAUCCUCAAAUGUAUCCAAAGCACGAAGCUUUUACAAUUCAGAGUGAUAUCUUAAAAGAGAUAAGGACUGGUGAAUAUAAGAUAAAAAUAGCUCCAUCAGAUUUAGUAGACUUUGGUGGACAAAGAUGCUUUGAUAUGACACAUCAAUUAUUUAUUCAACACAAAGGAACUUUUGUUCUGAUGUUUGAUGGGAGAUACGAAUUACAUACACCACUUGAUGAAUAUCCACAAGGAGAAACAGGAAAAGAUAUCCUUGUCCACUGGGUGAAUUCAAUUCUGGUAUAUUGCAAAGAAGAUGACGAUCUGUUGCCAAUGAUAUUGUUUGCUGCAACGCACAGUGACUGUUUGGAAAUGGAUGCAAUGUUAGCUAAAGAAAGAACAUUCACACUUGAACUUGCUAAACUAUUUUCAACCCAUGUUAAAAAUAGACACAUUUUGUACGACAGAGUAUUUUUCAUCAACGCAACCAACUCAGAAGAUCCACAAAUAGAGCAUCUGAAAGAGAAAUUGGUAGAUAUUGCUUUCAAACAAUCAACAUGGGGACAACGAAUGCCAAUUUCAUGGGUUCCACUUGAACUUCAAAUUUCUGAAAUGCGUACAAACAAUUUCAGUGUUAUACCAAAGGAAACAAUUCAAGAAUUAAACAGAUUAAACGAUGAAUUUUCACUGCCCGAAUAUUUGAUUGAUAAAUUUUUAAGAAUCCAACAUUCUCUUGGAAAAAUUCUAUAUUUCAAUAUUCAAGGGCUCGACAAUUUCAUAGUUGUACAGCCUACAGUAAUGGUGAAUAUUUUAAGGUCAUUUAUAACUAACCAAAUGUUUUGGCCAGAACAACAAGAUUUGAGAAGCAUCUUAGAAAACACUGCAAACACUGGUACAGUUAAAAAACUACAGUUGUUUAAACUUUGGUCCCAGUCACCGUUUGAUGUUUAUCUGCCAACUGAUCAGUACAAGGAGUACAUUGUCAAUAUUCUUGUACAUCUUGAUAUACUUGUCCAGCCAAAACAUGAAAACAGAGUUGAAACAAGUGAUCCCUUAUAUAUGGUACCAAGCGUUGUCAACACUAGAUUACCAGGCAAGCUUUGUCCCUGUGAAGAACAGAAAACCAUAUGCCUGUCUUAUUACUUGAAAGAAUGUGCUAUUCCGUCGGCAUUGACUUUUAAGCUCAUCGCUGCAGCAGUUAAUAUAUGGCCUUUGAAAGAAAUUGAUGGACGCCCUUGUCUUUUUUUCCAAUCAGCUAUUCUAAACAUUGAUGACAACAAUGAACUCUUAAUUGUAAUCAAAGAUCAAAGGUUAAUACUCUAUUUGACGAACAAGAAUUCCAGGAGUUUUAUAUCACCAGAUGUAGCAGCAAGUAUUCAAGAAUGCAUGACGUCAGCUUUACAAAGGGUUUUACAUUUUUAUAAGGAAUGCUUUGGACAGACAUCAUUAAAGAUUUACGAAGUCAGUCUUUUUGAAAUAGAAGUAGGAUGUAUAUAUAACCAGGAGCCUUGUUUAGUAUCACUUGCAUGCGCCAAAAGUAAAGAGAGUUGGGUUUGUGAACAUAAUCCGAUCGAGCAUGACAAGACGUACUGUUUAUACUGGAUAUUUGAAAAGCAAACGAACGCUGCUUGCAGCUCGGAGUGCAAAGGUCUAGAAGAAGAAACUUUGCAUCUAAGUCCAAAUGACCAGCAUCUGGUGCGGAUAGCAAACAAAAUCCAUAUAAACAAUUUUUUCGCGUUCAUUACCAAUCUUGGUUUAACAACAGCUGAAUGGGAAGAAAUAGAACAUUAUUACCAUAAGAAUGGACCUUUGGGUUCAAAACUGAUGGCCAUGUAUAAGCUUCAAACAAAAAGGGAAAGCAAAUUCCAAACAGUGAAAUUCAAAGAUUUUUCAGAUGCUUUUGAAAGAAUGAAUAUGUCUCAUUCCCUUUGUCAGAUAUUCAGAGAAAACACUGAUUUCAUAGACAUUGCCAGUAGUAAAUUACAAAAAAUCCCUUCAGACGAAGAUCUGAAAAUGUUGCCUCGGGAAUUGGGAAACUGCAUUAUUCAACUUGGAUUGGAAUUAGGAAUAAGCUUUUCCAGUAUUGAAGAAACCAUGUACAGAUAUCCUAAGGACAUGUACGAACAGUUAUAUGACAUUCUAAAAAAAUGGAAACAAUCAAGCAAAUCAAGGCCAUCAGUACUCAAAUUAAUGAAAGCUCUCCAGCAAACACAAUCUGGUGGAAUGAAAUUUCUACGAGAGCAGUACAAAAUUAAUUGAAAAUACAUGUAGUCAAAACAACUUCCAUAUUAUAAUCUCAUCUGAAGAAUGUGUAGUAAACUUUAAAUAAAAAUCUACAGUUUAAUGAAUUGUUUUCACAAUAUUUGUGUAAUACCUUAAUGAUACUAUUUAUUGAUUAGGAUUUUCUGUGAUUAUGAAUGUCAUUUUGAAAGUCAAAAUCAAUUAGGUUGACCUCACGAAUUGGAAACACUUUAUUUUUUAGGAAACAAAGGUUAUUAUAUUUUAUCGACUACUGACCUGGCUGUCUGUCUAGUCCAAAAUUUUAUGAUAAUGUUUCUCAAGCUGUUUGUGACUUUGCAGUGAAUAACUAAUAGGUCAAAAAUAAUUUUCAUUUAUUAGAUGAAUUUCUUACUAUUCACAAUCCUACUGAGGUUGGUGAGAGAAAUAUGGCUAUAGUUGCAACAAUUUUUGAACUAUUAAAUAUACCAUUAGCAAAAAAAUAAUUGAAGGAACCUGUUUUUAAUAUUUAGGAAUUAUUUUAGAUACAACAAAAAUGGUAUCUAAAAUUGCUACCUAUAGUAAAGGUGCAAAGAACUUGUGAGUUUAUUUUCAAAAUAUCCUCAAAAUCUUCUUGUGCAUAGAGGGAAUUACAACAAUUGUCAGGUCAUUUUAAUUUUACCACAAGGUAUCUUGUAAUUACGAUUAUGAUAAAGUAACUUGAGAAUCUGCUGAUGUGCUUGUAGUAGGUCAUAUAACACUGUCUUCUGUAAAUAUUAAUCCUCUUUUUACAUGUUUAUCAGUUAUAUUUUAGCUCACCUAGCCUCAAAGGCCAUGUGAGCUUUUUUCCAUCACUUGGCGUCCAACAGAUGAAGAGAAAUUCUGAACAGCAAAAAUAACCAGGACAAUAAGAUCUUCAAAUAAGUGAUUUGGCAGAAAUCGUCAAUUGACCCCUUUAUAGGAGAUGUUGCUUUUGAAUGAAAAUGUUUACACAUUUUGGCAAUUUUUGCAGAAACUAUAGUAGAUAGAGAGAAUCUUUUAGUAGUAAAAAUGUUCAGAAAAAUUAGAUCUACAAAUAAGUCAACAGUGAACGAAAUCAUCAAUAUAUCCCUAAUCCCUAAUCUAUAGGAGUUAUUGCCUUUAAAAGAAAUUUUUUUUUCUCAAUUUGCAAACAUUAUUAUAGACAGAGUGAAAUUAUGAUAAGCAAAAAUGUUCAGCAAAAUAAGAUCUACAAAUAAGUCAACAUGGCAGAUCUUGUAAUCCGACUCCUUAUACGAGUAAUUUCACUUAAGGUGGUAUGGGAGUAAUAAUAUUAGUAUAAAUUAAAAAUGAUAGAAUUUGUUCAUACUUUGCCAAAACGUAGUACAUAUUGAUAUAUGUUCAAAACUAUAAUAAAACUGAUAGGUCACCGAGCAUUUUUUCAAGCUACAGGUUGUGACAAAAUGACACAUUUUGUAUGGAUUAUACAGGAAAAAGCAUCGUUAUGUAAAAUAGAAACCGGAAGAUAGCUUUUAGAAAAUGCUUUGGGAAUAUCAAAAGAAAAGAUAGGUUCACCGUACGUUUUUCCGCCUAAAAUACAAAAUAGCAAAAUUUCAUGUAGAUUCCUUCAGAAAAUGAACUAUUUCAGAGUUACUUCCCCUUAAAAUGCCAAUUUAAAAACAUUAAAAAUCAAGCAAAAAUAAUCUACGCUUGUAAAAAUAUUAAUAUUUAUGAGUUAAAAUCUUAUAAAUUUGUUCUUUUAAAUGAUCAUUCACAUUAGUUAUCUGCAUUCCUGCAUCAGAUUUUGCUAACUUGAUUGAAAAUUUGGACCUUAGGCAGUUCUCUGUUUUUUACAAUCCAAGAUGGCGAACGACACCCAUACUACCUUAAACGACGGUUUUUACCCAUUUUUUGCUUUUUUUUUUGCAGAAUCAUAAUAGAUAGAGAGAAACUGUGAUUGUCAAUGAAGUUAAGCAUAAUGAGAUCUACAAAUAAUUCAACGUGGCCUUUAUGUCAAACCACCCCUCAUAUAGCUUAUUUCCCCUGAAUGAUAACUUUUACCCUUUUGUUUGCAUUUUUGUGAAAAAAAACUAUAGUGGAUAGAGAAAGAGAGACUUUCAAAGCAAAACAUAUCAGCAAAAUAAGAUCUACAAGUAUUUAUUGCCCAUAAAUGGAGCAUUUUUUUUUUCACUAAUUCCUAUAAUUUUGCUAAUUAUUUCAAAAACUUUAAUAGAGAAGUCUAAACUGUAACAGUAAAAAUGAUCAUAAAUACUAGAUCUACGAAAAUGCCACUGAAUAAUAUUUACGAGUAAACAAAAUACUUGAUUGCAAUAAAAGUAAAAUAAAUAUUAUAUGCAGGUGAGAGAUUCAGGCUCUUGGGAGCCUUUUGUUUAUUAUUCACUUAUGUAUGUAUUUUUAUUAUUUGUUAGUUUGUUGAUGAGUCUGAGCUAAGACACAGAUCAGGACCAUCUGUAAAUAUUGAUUUUAUCUCUAAUUGAAGAAACAUGUGUUUUUUGUUUAAUAUGACAUAUUACAUACUCUUAUGUACCUAGCAUUUUAAUUAUUUGUUUUGUCUGCAUUAAAGAAAAUAUUGUAAAUAA